CCUAAUAGAUUAGUGGAUAUUUGAUUUUAGUUUUUUCCGUUGUCUUUAAAACGCAACAUAAACCUAACCCGAGUUAGUACAACCGGCUCUUAAAGUAAAGUUCAAUGCCAAGGUUACAUAUAAAAGCUGUCUAUGACGAGAUUAACACAAGUGUGUGGCCGCGGCGGGGACUGACGGACUUAAACAAGCAAAAGAUGGCGUUAGUAAACUUCAGAUUUUUGGUGCUUCUUGCAAUAACACAAUACAGUGCAGCAGACGCUAUUAACCGAACACCGCGACAGCAAGGGCCGGCCAGUAUUUUCACGAUAGGAAACGGCGAGCAAUGUUUGGGUGGAGACAGGUCCACAGGAGGGGUCUGCUUGUCCAGGAACCAGUGCAACACUCAGGGUGGAAAGGCCAUUGGCUUCUGUGGAGUUUUCGCUACUUGCUGCUCUUUAAACGCCUGCGAUAUCAGAACCAAUACUAAAGUGGCAGUGUUCAUCAACCCCCCACUCAGCAAGGAGUCCUCCGGCCUCGAGUGCUCGUACAACAUCGAAAUUAACAACAAUAAUGUAUGCCAAAUGAGAAUAGACUUCGAGACCUUCAACUUGGCCCCACCUACCACGGUGGAGGCCGUGGACAACGUAACUCAGCGGCCGGGGUACCUUUGCAAGAACGACAUCUUCCGCGUCUCGAACUUGCACGGCAACUCUGAGGCACUGCCCUUCCUUUGCGGAGAUAACAGCGGCCAGCACUUCUACGUGCGAGUGAACGCCAGUAUCAACGACCGCUCGGUGCGCAUGGACUUCAAGUUAGCUGACCGCAUCUCACAACCCAACCUGCCGCAGGCCACGUGGAAGAUCAAGGUCACGCAGCUAGAAUGCUUCAACACCCUAGGUAAAUACCGGGACGGCAUCCUGGACGCCAUCACUGCAUCUCUCCCGUCCACACCAUUCUCCAGCACCGCCGACCGGGAUGAAUAUUUCAUUGCGCCGCCCGGUUGCCUACAAUACUUCCCCGAACGCGCGGGUUUCUUUGAGUCCUUUAACUACAACCGCGGCGCCGGGCCCUACAUAGCCAACAUGGCAUACGCGACGUGCUUCAAACGCUCGCCAGAUGUUUGCGGUAUCAAGUUGACAGCAGCUACUUUCGACAUGGCCUACAACGCUGACAGUAAUCUGUACCUCGACACAGACUGCAAAGUCAACCCGCUAGUCCAGGGGAAAGCCCUCUCCGAAGACUACCUCUUCAUACCCGAGGCGGAGACCGCUGAUGGCUUGAGAGGAUCCAAGUUCUGCGGCAACAGCGCCGCAAACCAAAUCAUAGCUUCAACACCACCGGGACCGCUGUACGUGCAUUUCAAGAGUGACAACUUGGUGACGACGGACGUGCCCGAGGCGGGGUAUCGCUUUACGUACAACGUGCUAAAUAAUUGUAAUCUCAAAUGAAAAAACAUAAAAUUUAUUUAAAAAGCUGUACAUCGUUGAAACCUUUACU